AUGGACGUCGCCGAUAUUUCACAGUCAAUGGAGAAUGUAUCGCUUAGUCAAAUGGAUAUUGAUACGAGCUAUAGAGGUCCUGCUAACUACUCCUAUCACAACAAAGAGAAUGUUACUCCACAAUCUUCACCAACCAAAUCCAUCUUACAUUCGUCUCCAACAAGACCAGCGCAUCCAAUGGCAUCCCCUGGUACAAAUUUCUUUCAUCAACAACAACAACAACAGCAACAGCAGCAGCAGCAACAACAACAACUCAUAAGUAGAAACAUCGAUCUCUUACAACCAACAAAUAAUCUGUUCAGUAAUGAAGAAUUCUCUCGUCGGUCAAACAACCCAAAUACCAAGAGGCUUGCGUCAGUUGCUCAACUUUACUUCCUUGACUAUUACUGCGACAUGUUUGACUAUGUUAUUUCAAGAAGAGAUCGUACUAAGUUAGUCCAACAAAGAUUGGCUACGGAUGCUCAAUUUGUGGAAAACCCCCAACGUCAACAGUUGGAAUGGAAGAACUAUGUUGGACGUGAGCGGGCAUUAUUGCGUAAGCGUCGGCUUAAGCCUAAGCACAAGGACUUUGAAAUGAUCACCCAAGUGGGCCAGGGUGGUUAUGGUCAAGUUUUCCUUGCAAGAAAGAAAGAUACUAGAGAAAUUUGUGCACUUAAGAUACUAAACAAGAAACUCUUGGUUAAACUUGAUGAAACUAGACACGUAUUAACAGAAAGAGAUAUUUUGACCAACACACGUAGUGAAUGGUUGGUUAAAUUACUUUAUGCUUUCCAAGAUCCUGAAAAGGUUUACUUGGCUAUGGAAUUUGUUCCAGGUGGUGAUUUCCGGACUCUUUUAAACAACACGGGUUAUUUGAUUCCUCCUCAUGCCCGUUUUUACGUUGGAGAAAUGUUUGCUGCCGUUAAUUCAUUACAUGAAUUGGGUUUUACACAUAGAGAUUUAAAGCCUGAAAACUUUUUAAUAGAUUCUAAAGGUCAUAUUAAGUUGACUGAUUUUGGUUUGGCAGCAGGCACUGUCUCUAAUGACAGAAUUGAAAGUAUGAGAAUCAAAUUGAAGAAUUUACAAGAUUUUGAUGAUUAUCAAUUGCCAUCACAAUCUAUGAUUGAACGUCAACGGAUAUUCCGUGCCAGUCAAGGUCAUCAUAAUUUAGCCAAUUCCAUUGUUGGAUCACCAGAUUAUAUGGCACUUGAAGUCUUAGAGGGUAAGAGUUAUGAUUAUACCAUUGAUUAUUGGUCUUUGGGGUGUAUGCUUUUUGAAGCACUUUGUGGAUAUCCACCAUUUUCAGGUUCCAAGCAAGAAGAAACCUAUUAUAAUUUAAAGCACUGGAAAUCGGCAUUAGUUAGACCUCAAACAAAGGAUGGUCGAUAUGUUUUCAGUGACAGAACUUGGCAUUUGAUCACCAAGUUGAUUGCCUCACCAUCUUCAAGAUUAAGAACCUUUAGACAGGUGCAACAGAUGUCUUAUUUUGCGGAUAUUAAGGAUUGGAAUCUGUUAAGAGAAAGAACUCCCCCAUUCACUCCACAAUUAGAUAAUGAAGAAGAUGCUGGCUAUUUUGAUGAUUUUGAAGAUGAAGAAAGUAUGCUCAAAUAUAAAGAUGUUUUCGCCCGUCAAGAACAUAAUGAACAAUUGUUGGAGAAGGGAGGAGCUGCUGCUGUGAAAUAUCAUGAAAAUAACUUUAUUGGAUUUACAUUUAAGCACAAGAUGAAUCCUAAUAACAAAUUCAAUAAUGGGGAAAUCAAUCUCUUAAACAUGGGUGGUAAUGUAGGUAACCGAUUUGAUCCUUUGGCUACCUUAUACUAG